GAAACACUGUGCAGUAGAAUAGAGCAGUAUAACGUCGUAGAGUUAAACUCACUGACACUGGCAAAUAACCAGACCAGACCGACCACUAUCAAAUCAAACUAACAACGAAAUACACGUAGCAAACGUUUCAUUUACAACGUACGGACGUAGUAUCUAAAAUAUUUAGACACAAUAUACAACCAAAAAGCUAAACAAAAAUUUUUGUUGUUUUUUUUUUCAUUUGUAUUGUUUUCUUUGUUUGAACAACAGAAAAAAAUUAGAUUUUUUUUCGUUUUAUUUUAAUAACAAUUUGAAAAACUUUGAACAUUUAGUGCGCAAUUAAAUGAAAGAAAAACUAAAAACUAAAUAAUAAAUAUAUCGAUGCAAAAGAUUUUAAUUGAAAAUAAUUUGAAAAUCUCAUAACAAAACAAUAAAAGUGCAAUUGAAAUUGGAAAAAAUUUUAUGGGAAUUACAUCACUGCAGUGAACUGCAAAACGAAAGUGAGGAAAAUAAGAAAAAUCUGCAGCUAUAGAAGGAAGAAGGUAGGAGGUAAGAAGCGUUAGUUAGUUAGCCAGCCAGCUGAACUAAAGUAAGAACAACGUAAAUUUAAAUAAACAUCUUUACGAGUGCAUGGGAGAACGAACGAACCACUGCAGUGACAAGUGAAUGUGGGUUGAAGACACCCCUGAACGGAAAUUUUAAAUUUGUCAUCACUAGAGCACAGCAGUGGCUGUGCUGUUCUGCAUCAUCUCCAGCAACAGCAGCAGUAGGAGUCUUGGAAUAGUUGCUUCAUCAGGGACCCCUUAUAGAGUUCCAAUAACUAUUGCCUCAUUGCUACUGCCUCUAGCACCCCGUUCUUUUGUGCUCUUCUAACGCAUUUGUUAAAACGCAUGCCACUGGCUUUUAAGCAACAACAACAUCAAACCCAGUAACAGCAAAACAAAGAAAAAGCAAAACAUAAACGUAAACAAAACGCAAAACAAAUAAAAAAUCUUGUGCAAAACUUUUGCCAACAAAAGCCUAGAAGAAAAACACGAAGCUUGGUAGCAAAACAAAGCAAAGCAGAGAAUGUAAUUGAAACCAAUUAUCGAUUUUCCAGAGCAUGUUUUCGCGAGUUAAUCAAGCGUUUAACAAAGACAUUGUUUCAAUGUAAAUAUUAUUUUGCAACAGAAGACGACAUACAACUUGAAAAACAACAAGGAAAUUAUUAUCAACUGGGUAAUAAAAAUCAAUUAAACGGAAAACCAUACAUAAAACACUCGCCCACUAAGCCUUCUAAACGAAACGCAACUCCAAAUCUAAAACACUAAGAACUCACAAAGCAAUCAGCCAGCCAGCCAGCCAUUCAUUCAUUUAUUCAUUGAGUGACAAGGAUUUCCAGUAAAAAUGCCGUCUUUAUUAGAAGCUAUAGAACGUAAAUAUUUCUCUGAUUGUGAUUUCGAUGCGGAAGCCCAUAAAGAUAUAACCUUAAGUGGCAAAGACAAAGACUCAACCUCUACAUCCACAUCACCCUCUUCGACAUCGUCGUCCACUUCGGGUGAACGUUUAAUUUCCAUUUUUAUACCAAGGCUGCCGCCUCUGUUGUGUGUGCCCGAGCUAUUGGUGCUUAAUGACUGUGACAUAGAUUGUGCUGGCGACUUUGACAGCAUUAAAGACAAAUGCAAACGUGUGCGUGAACUAGAUUUGGCCCAGAAUAAGUUACAGGACUGGCAAGAAGUCUUCCAGAUUGUUGAACAUAUGCCACGCAUAGAGUUUCUUAAUUUGAGUAAGAAUACCUUAACCAGACCUUUGUCCAAACUCUAUAUACCACCCAUAACCAAUCUGAAGGGUAUAGUCUUGAAUGGUACUUAUCUCAAUUGGGACAGUAUUGACGUUUUGCUGGAGAAUCUGCCCGUUUUGGAGGAACUACAUUUAAGUUUAAACGACUAUGAAGAGGUUUUAUUAGAUACUAAUGAUUUGCCUUCAGCACAAACUAACGCCGCCUGCUGUUGCCAGCUUAAUGAGGAAGGCAAAGGCUGUGAUACAUUAAACUCUUGCUGCUGUUCGCCCACCAUAAAAAAAUACAAAAAGAUUUCACCACACAAAGCCUUGAAAACGCUACAUUUCACUGGUAAUCCGGUGGAAAAGUGGCCGGAAAUAUGUCGUUUGGGUAGAAUAUUUCCACACAUGGAAAAUCUGGUGCUAGCCGAUUGCCCCAUAAGAGCUAUAGAAUUUAAGGACAACAACGCUGCUAACGCAAACAAAACACAAAAUGAUAAUAUAGAAACUACAGAAGAUUCAUCGCACUUAAAUGAGGACUCGCCUCAGCGUCACUUUCCCAAUUUGCUUUUCCUUAAUCUCAGCUAUGCCUCCAUCAACACCUGGGAUGAUAUAGAUCGUUUGGCCACCUUUCCCAAAUUGAAAAAUUUACGUGUAAAAAAUUGGCCACUUUGGGAACGUUUGGAGUGUACCGAACAUGAAAGACGUCAAUUACUGAUAGCACGCUUGCCUAACGUUGCCAUACUCAAUGGUGGCGGUAUUAUCACUGCCGAUGAACGUGAAGAUGCCGAAAGAGCUUUUAUACGCCACUACAUGGACAAGCCGGAACAUGAGAGGCCUUUGCGUUACAACGAACUGGUAGCUAAACAUGGACAACUUGAUCCCCUGGUCAAUGUUAAUCUAAAACCCGAUAAACGCGUUAAAAUCCUAUUAACCUAUAAAGAUAAAACCGAAUCUCGCCUGGUCGAUAUUUAUCGCACCGUUGCUGAUCUUAAGGUGAAAUUGGAAAAAAUUAUAGGUCUGCCUGCCAAUAAGAUGCGUUUAUACUAUUUGGAUCAGGACUACAAGGAGUUUGGUCCCGAAGAAAUGCGCUUCCCCAAUAAGUUAUUAUACAGUUACAACAUACAAGCCGGUGAUGAAAUCAUUGUCGAUGUCAAGAAGUGAAAACUGUUCUUAUGAAGUAAAAUCUUUUUUAAACUUAAUCUUACACAAACAAAUAUUAAUGCUAUAAUUACACUUAAUUAAAUAUUCUUCUAAUAAUACUUAUGUAUUCUAUUCUGUAAUGUACUCUUAUGUAUAUUUUCUAUAAACUACUUUAAGGUUUAAUUUAAAAAAAAAAUAACGUUUUAUUUUCAUAUAAAUAUAACAUGUGUGUAAAUAAUGUAACUAAACAUUUAAAUAAAUAAUAAUAAUGAAAUGUAAAUAAGUAAAAGGUUAAAAUAAUAAUAACAAUAAAGAGAAAUACAUACAGCAAAAA